AUGCUGACGCUUGCAAGGGCCCAUAGGGUGGUAUCCAGUAGGCUCGCCCUCCAGUCUCUGGCCACUCGGUGCAAGACCACCACGGGCAUCGUGGGGUUGCCCGUGGACGAAGAUGCCCGCACGACCCUGGGGGAGCACUACGCAAAAGUGCUGGAGGCCAUCACAGUCAUCCCAGAGUCUGCUGUCUACCGCCAGUCGGUGGAGAAGACCGUGAAGCACCGCCUGGCAGCCCUUCAGACAGGUGCUGAGGACGAGGAGCUGGAGCAGCAGUUUGGCAGGCAAUUGGAGGAGGAAAUCAAGAUCAUGAAGGACGAGCUCAAGCUCAUCCCGAAGAUGGCAGAGUGGCGCCCAUGGGAGGUCCCCGAAGACUACAAGAGCGACCUGUUCCCCUGCAACGCCGGGGACGAUGACCUUCCGGGAGUGGCCACCCAGGAGUCCUCGCUGAACCCUGCGCCGCCGAGCCCGGAGCACCGGUGGCCACCCGCAGCCUCCUGGACCACGCUGGAGCAGGAGUAUGCGUAUCGCACCAUCUCCAUCUCCUUUGAGGAGGAAACGCUUCCAGGCGUGCUUUCCUCGGUGAUCAUGUCCGAGGACCGCCUGCUGCGCCUGUAUGAGUCGGGCCUGCCGGGCUGGGCGGUGCUCCUCCCCCGCCUGGGCAUCUACUACCGGCCCUGGGUCAGACGCGUCACCUGGAUCCUGUUCUACAUCUUCUCCAUUGUGUCCCUGGCAGCCGGCUUCUACGACCUCUACCGCAACCUGCCGGGUGUUCAGGCACUGUUCAACAUGGUGGUGGCACGCUUCUGGGGGCCCUCAGUCCUCUUCCGGUGGCUGGAAGCACAUGCCCAGGUGCGGCUGUCCCUGCUGCUCACCUUCUUGCUUGGAAAGAGCGAGUGGCUGGUGGUGGGCGUGCGGCUGCUGCGCACGGCGGGCAGGGCGCUUUCCACCCUGCUGGGCCCCCACAUGGCCGGCCUGUGGGGUGGGGCGUGCGCCCUGGCAGGUGCGUUCACACCCGCCCUGUCGGCCGCUCGGCAGUUGCUGGACCUCGCUGUCAUGCCCCUCACGCUGGUGGGUGUCUCGCAAGGGGUGUUACUGGUGCCCAGGGACUGA